AUGCCGUUACUCAACAUAUCACCGCUGCAAUUCACCUUAACUCUCUCCAAAUAUUCUGGCAAUUGUAUUUUACCAUUUGUUCAUUUACGACAAAGAAAUCGGAAAUUCUUACCGCCAAUCGAUGAUUCGUUACUUUUGUUGCCUCUUCACGAGUUGGCGGAACGCAUUCGUGAGCAACGCGUGACUUCGGUAGCUGUUGUUGUCGCCUACAUCGCUCGAAUUCUUCAAGUUGACCCAAUUCUGAAAGCUGUGAUGGACGAGAGAUUCGCUGCGGCAAUCGAAGAAGCACGCACCGCCGAUCGGAUGUGUCAAACGUUGGACCGGGAAACGCUGAAAAAGAAUUUUCCGCUACUCGGAGUGCCUUUUACGGUGAAAGAGAGCAUCGGAGUGCACGGAAUGUCGCAAUCUGUGGGAGUUUUGUCGCGAAAAAAUGUCAAAUGUCGAAAAGAGGGACUUGCGAUCCAAAAUUUACGUGCUGCUGGAGCGAUUCCUUUGUGUGUGACAAACGUGCCGGAAUGGUGUUUGAGUUGGGAGACGCAAAAUAAAAUCGUGGGACGAACGGUUAACCCUUAUAACACAGUUCGCAGUCCCGGAGGCAGUUCGGGCGGAGAAGCAGCUUUGAUAGCAUCAGCUGCAUCACUUUUUGGCAUUGGAACAGAUUUUAUUGGAUCAUGUCGCUUACCGGCGAUGUUUUGUGGCGUAUUUGGUCAUCGCCCGAGUCGACCUUUAAUUUCACUCACAGGACCUACUUUGCUCUUUCCGGAUAAAGCCGCGCAAGAAAUUUUGACAUUUGGACCAAUGACGCGAUAUGCAAAGGACUUACCUAUCGUACUUGAAGUGAUGUGUGGAACUGAAAACGCAAAAUUACUAAAAUUGCAUGAAGAAGUCAACUUUGAAAAAAUAAAAGUUCUCUACUGUACUCAAUUCAGCAAGUCAUCAGAAGACCUCAAUUUCGACCCAGAAGUCCUUGAAUCGCUCAAAAAUGCCAGAAAUGCAUUUUCAAACGCUGGCGCCGACAUCGAAGAAGCCGAUUUGUGCUUCGACGGCAUGUUUGAGACACUUUUCUCGCAUAUCAUGGGCAUCGACAACUCAACUAUGAUCGAAAAAUCCGAAAUCCCGCAAGGAGCUUGUUUCAAAGAAUACGUCAAAUGGGCAUGUCGGAAGUCAAAUCACACCUUGUUCGCGAUAAAUUCGCAAUUUUUCCUGCGAAACGAGCGUUUGUACCCGAAAGACAAGAAAAAAGUGUACGAAAAGCGACUUGAAUGCCUAAAAAAUGAAAUUGAGAAUUUUUUGAAGCCAAAUACGAUUUUGGUAUUACCUACCUUUCCAACUGCUGCUUAUCGGCAUUUUAGUUCAACGACUUCUACAGCAGCGCUUCAGUUUGUGUUACUGGCUUCAGUUUUUAAUCUGCCAGCGACUUCCAUUCCGAUGGGAUUAAACAAAAAAGGACUUCCGAUAGGGAUUCAAGUGAUCGCUGGGCGAUUUCAGGAUCGACUUUGCUUUGCGGCGGCGAAAUUGCUUGAAGAACGGUUCGGGGGAUGGCAGCCUCCUUCGAUGGUUUUGGAGAAAGAAAAGUUGGGUAAAAGUUAA